CGCUCAACAAUCAGGAUGCGAUGAAGAAACGUGGCAGCAGAACGGCAGACAGGAAGCGAACCCCUCCUCCGCGUCCACCCACGGAGGCUGAUGUUUGACCUCGACCUCCGCGGACGGUGGCAAAAUGGUUCCUGAAAGGUAGAUGUGGAGAUUUUCGUUCGUCUCCUCCUCCGGUGCGCUCGUGCUGCUUUUUGCGUAGGAGUGGACAGUAAAAAACAACUCCGCGCGAGCUGCAUCAUCCUCAGCAUCCUCAUCAUCCUCAUCGAGCUCAGACAGCCUCCAGAUUUUUCCCUUGUCGCCUUUGGAGUGUUUUUAUUGUUACGAUUUUUCUCUGCGGGACUCUGGACUUGGACAGAUGGUGAACACUUUUGGAAAAAACAGUCUAAAGAUCGUGAAAAAAGGAACGCACAGCUUUAAAUAAGUAACGACAAUCCGGAACCUGCGGUGUUUUGUUGACUCACAGCUUCGCGUUUACUUUGGUAGUCGGUGUUUUUAGUGAUUUCGAUGUUUGAUGGUUCCUGUGUGUAUUACUGACUGACUGAGGUCGACUCUAAAGCCAGCAGAGGUUGCGAGCAGAUGUAGAUGUGAUCGAGUGAAUUCCUCUUAUCUCUGAAGGGUGUUGAUGGAGAGCCAUUCGAAUGACAGCCGGGACAGUGGUCAUCACUGGUGGAAUUCUAGCUACAGUAAUAUUACUCCUUAUCAUCGCAGUACUGUGCUACUGUAGGCUGCAGUAUUAUUGCUGCAAGAAGGAGGAGUCCGAGUCGGAGGAGGAGGAGCCAGACUUUGCUGUCACCUCCCGUCUCCCACCCGUCCACUCAAACCACAACAUUGUGGCGGCGACUGCCGCCGCCUCCUCUGUCCCAAAUGGCCCUGCCCUUUUCUCCACCCCUCCACUGGCCAGAAAACUGACUCGUUCCCAGACCUUCUGCCCGUCCUGUACGCACUAUGACCUGCCAUUCUACCUCCAGCCCCCUCAGCCACAGAUCCACCGCCAGCCAGAUGGGUUGAGGAACGGAGGAGAACGGAUCAGCUACCGCAGUGUCCAGCAGCAGGAUCUGAACCUGCCAGUGCCUGUGAACAUUUCCAACUACCGCAAACCCAACCUAUCCCGCUCGGUCACUAUGAGGGACAUGUUCCAACGCAGCUGUAGCAUCAGCACUGAUGUUUAGCUGGGCAUGGGUGGAGCCUCUGUUCUGUUAGAUGGACCUGGUUGACCAGAGCUGAGCAGCUUAGUCCAGGCUAGUGUGGUGUGAUCCACUCUGGACUAAGGUGGUCACCUUUAGCAGAAGCUCAGACUUGGAAUGCUCUCAGGACUGGAUUUGCAGAGGUACAGGUCUAAUACCUUCUGAUUGGGUCAAAAUAGAGCCACUAAAUGUUAAAUUACAAAUAUCUUGUACUUUUAUGUUGAUUUUCUACAAAUAAGAAUGGAGUUUGCUUUAAAAUGUUAUAUUUUGUGUUGCCCUGCUUUGUUCUUGGUGUAUGACUGCACAUGACUUGAAAUAGGCAAAUUCCGAAGAUGUCUAAGCAACAUAAACAAGAGGGAUUUGUUCUUGCCAUAGCUGCUAAAAACAAAUAACGAUGAGUGGAAUGAUCUGAAGUCUCCUCCAUUGACAGAUUACAGAUAUCAUGAUUUACCGCUCAGCUUUCCUAGGAAGACUAGUGGAGGAAGAGGGCAUUACAUUUUAUGACUUUAGCUGUACCGAGAUAUAGUUUAGACAUGACUUAGGUCAGAAAUCAUAAAGGGCUCACGGAAGACGGAUCUACUCUUCACAUUUGUGGAUGGACGAGGUGCCAAAGCGGGGUGGGUUCUUGCUUUAGUGUGUGUAUGAGUGCGUGUGCUUGCAUGCAUUUGUUUGUCUGAUAUACAAUUUUAACAAAUCAAUAACCCCCAUUUAUACUGAACCCAGUCCUGGGUGGCAAUAA